GCAGCGUGACUUAAAUAUGCUGCAGCAUCCAGCAGGUUGUGUCUUUCUGUCUCUCGUUCUCUCCAUCGCACGCACGCCUGCUCUCUCUUUAUUUCUCUCUUCCUCUCUCCUCUCUCUGCUCGGUCGCUCGCUCCUCUUCUCUCUCAGUCUGCAUCCUGUAGCCCUGCUGUGCAGUCCUCUCUCCUUCUUUCGCUCUCUACAUCGCUCUCUCUGCAGCGCUAUUGGAGAAGAAGUCACUGACACACACAUACAAUCUCUUCCUCACACACAGUCUCUUCCUCACACACACACACACACACACACACACACACUUCGUCUCUCUCACACGCUCUGUGCGACCAGCCCAGCCAGCAGGCCCGUUUCGGAGCAGGGGAGCCCAGUAGAGACCUAAUCCCAGGAUGGAUGUACUGAUGAGAGGGUUCAGCAUGGCUAAGGAGGGGGUGGUGGCCGCAGCAGAGAAGACUAAGGCUGGGGUGGAGGGGGCAGCCGCCAAGACCAAGGAGGGGGUCAUGUAUGUAGGUUCAAAGACAAAGGAGGGAAUGGACGCAGGAGUAAACAAAGUUGCUAACCGCGACCAGGCAAACAUCGUCGGGGACCCCACUGCUGCCGGAGCUGACCUCUCGCAGGGUGGCAUGGAGAACACCGGACAGGCGGAGGAGCCUCAGCCUGUAUACGAGGCGGAAUAUGGAGGAAUGGAGCAGGGAGGAGAAGGAGAGGGCUCUCAGGGCGGCUACUAGUCAUUCCAGGGAUCUCUUCUCCCCAGCCUUCCGUUUGGUCGCUCGCUACCCUCACCCUGCUGUUCCAGACUUCCAGAUGUUCUACUUCUUUUUUUGUGACUUUAUGGAACCAAAACCGAUACAGACUCUUCCAGAUACCCCCUUUGCCCUCCCUAAUACCCUCUGUUGCUCCUAGCAGCCCCCUUCUGGCCCCCCUCUCCUGUAUAGCUCCCUGCCUUUGUGUCGUUGUCGUCAUGUUGUUCGCCCUAGUGUUAUGUUCUCCCUAUCGCCACCCAGUACUCUAUCAAGAGGCCUGCGCACACACACACACGCACACACACACACACACACACACACACACACACACACACACACACACACACACACACACACACACACACACACCAGUACUCGCCACCCAGUACUCUAUCAAGAGGCCUGCGCACACACACAAGAGGCCUGCGCACACACACACACACACACACACACACACACACACACACACACACACACACACACACACACACACACACACACACACACACACACACACACACACACACACACACACACACACACACACACACACACACACACACACACACGAGCUGUGAUGAUUAUUCAGGACUACGGAACCACAGAGAGAUGUAUCGUAGUUUGGAUGCUUGUGUGUGUGUCUCUGUUAGACGUGUCAGGUAGUAGGCCAGUUCAGGGGUGUUCUGUCCAUGAGAUGCUGCUGUAGGGACAUGUGCAAUGAAUUAGAGAGUGUGUGUGUGUGUGUGUGUUGAAGUGUGUUUGGAAACACAUGUAACAGGGUCAUAUUAAAACCAAUUAACUAGCCGGCUUAUAUUGUUGCACUUGUUAAGUCAAGGGGUCUUAGGCAUAGUUUACUGGUCUGUAACCUGAUUUGAUGUGUGCAUCGAUAUGAGAAGGAAGCGUAUGUGACCAGGUGUUGAAUGUACGUGCGAACAGGAGACAGCCACCUUACCUUAAGUCCAGGGCCAGCUCCUUCUUGACCUCUUGACCAGCCAGUCCAAGUGGAUUAUUACUUGUUCAUAUGGUGAAACAUAAAUAUGUACAAAAAGGAAACAAGAAAAAGGCAUCCCCAAAUAAAGAAGUUAACUAACACAAAGAAACAAACAAAAGGCCGGCAGAGAGGCUUCUGGCCUCCUCUCUUUCUCCCAGACAGCCAAUCACCCCAAUUGGCUGCACCUGAUGUUCUUUUCAAGGCUUAGCUCAGCACCUAGACCUGCCAGCUGCCACCUGGGGGUGUAGUGUGGGUGUAUCCUAGAUAGUGUGUUGCCAAACUGUGUGUUAACACCACACUACCCGGCAUAUCAAAACAAUAUGUCAGAAAGCAAUACACAUGUACUGUUAGUGUGUGUGAGAGGAAGAACGCCCCUGCCACCACUGGGAAUCACUUAACAGCAGAAGAUAUCAGUAUACACAAUACACUACAGUGGUUUUAGCCUGGGUUUAGUCUGGCUCUAGAUAUGGCCUGGGUCGACUGGCAGAGUUGGAAGGGAGAAAAGCAGAAAGUGAUUCAGAAUGAUGAUUACUUGUGAAAAUAUGUUGUUGCCAUAGUAAUAUCAAGCAAUAGUCAGACAGAUAGGUAGAAUAGACGAGCAUUACGCACAGGGAAUGCUGGGAAAUGUAUAUUCCAAAUCGAUUUUUGAUUCCCACAAAAAAUAGCAAAUUUUCUACUGUCAUUGGUCAACUGCUCCUGUUGUCAACCAUCUCAGCCACUCAGAGGCUUCCUCUGCCCUGUCACUCAGUGUGUCCCGCCCUUCCGUGUGUCAGCAAGUAACGUAAGAGACUAAAACAGAUCUGCCAGGUGCAGGUACAAAGUGUGUGUCUGUGUCUGUGUGUGUGUGUGUCUGUUACAUAUACAGCAGGUCAGUCCAGCAUCAGUGUCUGUAUUAUAGAGCAGGUAUGUGUGUAUUAUUACUUUGAGGUCAAUGGAAACUGAUUACUGCAUGUUGCCUUAUCCAGCACUCUUAUAUUCACACAUCACACACACACACACACACACACACACACACACACACACACACACACACACACACACACACACACACACACACACACACACACACACACACACACACACACACACACACACACAA